AUCGCUUUUAAAGUUCGGAGCGUUGUGUGACGCCCCUGCCGCGCAUGCUCAUUCGCCGGAGCGCUCGUGUUUUGAAAGUUUGUUCAGUUUGGCGGCGGCGGCGGCGCGCGGACGGACGGACGACCGGUCGGUGCUGAGCUGAGCUGAGCUGAGUUAACGGCCGCGCCACGGGAUGGACGCGCACAUAGUCAACCUGAAAGUGGGCCUCAUGGUUAAAAUUAAACGCAGCAAUGGGGUGAUACAAGAUGCAAGUAUAACUGAAGUGACUGCUGAAAAAUCUGUCGUAAGAGUCGAGUGGCUGGAGGACUCCAUAUCGAAAGCCAAAGAGAUUGACAUUGAAAACUUGCUGUUGUUAAAUCCUAACUUAGUAGAAAAGAUGCCACCUCCAAGCCUCCCAAGAAGGAGAACACAGAUCCCAAAACGUGAAUUGGCUCUGCCAAGGAAUGGAAUCGCAAACCCUCUCUCUGAUGAUCAUGAAGUACGGUCCACUCGUUCAAGAGCACAAGCUGCAUUGGAAGUACAAAUUGCGCCCAAUUUGAGAAUGGCUGAAGUAGAACCUGUAAACUACAAGAACGUCUCUGCAGUGAAAUGUUUUGCAGGAAGAAAAUCCACUUGUGUAAGAGAAACUGAAAGAAUGAAGAAACAGCGGGAUGAUAGGCGAACGCAGCUUCACGAAAUAAGGGGGAAACGUACUCAGGAAUAUGACACCAGCAAUCCAAACUGGGAAUUCAUGAAAAUGAUUACAGAAUUUAGAGCAUCUCUAGAUUAUUAUCAUCCUCAGUCUACUUCCGAUCCUGUUGAGUUGCACAAAAUAUGCGUCUGUGUCCGGAAACGGCCACUCAGCAGAAAAGAAAAAAUGAAAAAAGAGAUUGAUGUUAUUACCGUUUCAAGUAAAAAUGUUGUCCUUGUGCAUGAGCCAAAGAUGAAAGUUGAUCUCACCAAGUUCUUGGAUAACCAGCCUUUCAAAUUUGACUAUGUCUUUGAUGAUUCAGCUAUCAACGAAGAAGUAUAUAGGUUCACAGCAAAGCCUUUGGUACAAACCAUCUUUGAAAGAGGAAUGGCUACCUGUUUUGCCUAUGGGCAGACUGGAAGUGGCAAGACUCAUACAAUGGGUGGUGAUUUCUCUGGGAAGAAUCAAGACUCUUCCAAAGGAAUCUACGCACUUGCAACUCAAGAUGUAUUUUCGCUGCUUGAACAGCCCCGAUACAAGGAUCUUAAUCUGAAAGUAUUUGUAAGCUUUUUUGAAAUCUAUAGCGGUAAGGUAUUUGAUCUCUUGAAUAAGAAAACAAAGUUGCGUAUAAUGGAAGACAACAAACAACAAGUGCAGAUAGUAGGGCUGCUAGAGCAGGAUGUCUUCUGUGUAGAUGAUGUGAUCAUGAAUAUUGAUAUGGGGAGUAAUUACAGGACUUCGGGGCAAACCUCUGCAAAUAAUUACUCAUCCAGGUCACAUGCAGUCUUCCAAAUAAUUCUACGAAAGAAGGAUAAGCUUUAUGGCCAGUUUUCGCUCAUUGAUCUGGCUGGAAAUGAGCGAGGUGCUGACACUAAUAGUGCAGACAGACUAACACGAAUGGAAAGUUCAGAAAUCAAUAAAAGUCUACUUGCCUUGAAGGAGUGCAUUCGAUCAUUGGGCCAGAAUAAUAGCUAUACACCUUUCCGAGCGAGCAAGCUAACUUUGGUGCUGAGAGAUUCAUUUAUUGGUGAAAACUCGAGAACCUGCAUGAUGGCAAUGAUUUCACCAGGCUUAAAUUCGUGUGAGCACACUCUAAACACAUUGAGAUAUGCAGACAGGGUGAAAGAACUGUGUGUUGACGCUCCCAAUGAACCAGAAUGUUCUACAAUCUCUCAAGGGAACGAUAUCAAUGAAUCCUUGGAACAGUCUGAUAUUCGGUUGCUUUGUGAGCAAAUUGAGGCACCAUCAAAGAUUUGUGACAUGCACGUAGAUGUUUCUAGACUACUUGAAUUGGAAGAACAGGUGGUGGAUGAACAUCGAGAAAUUCAGCAGAAAUUACUGCAGUGGGGCGAUGCAGAUAACAAGCUCUUGAAGAUGACUCAACUACCUGACUUUAAUCUUGAAACCUACACCAACAUCUUGCAAUCGUACAUGGAUGAGAGGAUGGAAAUAUUCGAAGAAUUUGACAAAAGCUUGAAAGCCUUGCGACAAGCUUUGCAGAAGGAAGAGCAAGCUGCUAAAAUUAAAGGUUGAUGCCACAGCCUGCAUUUUGGGAAUCUUGAGCUGUUCAAGUGUUUGGAUUGUAACUUGUGGUCACUAGAUUCAACUUUCAUUCACCCAGGGGCUGCAAAUUUUGUACGUGUUCCUCUUUAAUGUUUGUGUCCUCGCAAUCGUCUUUCUAAAACUUUUGUCUAUAUGACUUUCUUAGAUGUUUUCUUUUGGAAAAUGUACAGAUUUAUAUCUAGUAUAUAAUAUACUUGAACUUGCUUUGUGAUGCAUAACUAAAAGUGCAAGUUUGCAUACAUAGAUAGUGAUGCAGUUAUGAUGUUUAGUCAGUUAUGAUGAUUAGUUUUUUCAGAAUGCAUUGAUUUCUCUCAUCCUUCCAUUGCGUAUGAGAAAGUGAACUUAUUUAAAGGUAGAAAACUUGUAUUUAAGUAUGAGAGUGGAACUGCACCUGUUUCCAUAGCUCUUUGUGUCUUGAUGUUAAUAUGACUACACUGGGGCACAUUUGUUUUCAUUCCCUGACUCAAAAUUUAGCAGAAUAUUUCAUGAGUUGUGAAAGUGUUUAAUACACGCAAGACCUGUUAAAUAUUUCGUAAGGCUCCAGAAGGAUAACCUGCUUGUUUGGGUUUAAUGACCAAUGACUGACUUGUGUUUUCAGCAUGUUUAUAAUUAAAAGUCUAUUUAGUGUGUAGAUAGAAUACUACCAUUAUCUCCUUUUAAAAUUUGCGAUGUCUCUUAGCCUGCUAAAAUGGUUUUAGGUUUUUUUGGUUAACUAAAAUUUUAUAAAUUGGCUGUAGAACAUUGUGAUUCUUCUAUUGUAUUGCCAAGAAUUGUACAAUUUGGAGUCUGGAAGAACCAAAGUUAACCACUGCAAACUUAUUUCUGAUAUUGUUCAACCCUCAGUACAAAGCAAACCAUCAUAAAUCUGCUUAAUUCACUUACAACAAUUUUCAUAUUCUGUAUAUUCAAAAAUGGAGUAGAAGGAGAGAAAUCAAUAGAAUCACAAUUCUGAAAUAUGCCACCUUUUUUAAUGAAAAACUGUCUGGCAAAGAACUGAAUUAAGGUUUUUUAGUCUUUCAAAUGAUUGGUACGCAUGAUGGAAAGUCAAAUAUGAACUUUCUUUUGUCUGUGUCCACUCCAGACUGCAUAAUCCACUGAAAUUUGUUAAAUUGAGGAAUCCUACUGUAACAUUUUUUUGACAUUUAAUAAAGAUAAUGAAAUACCA